AUGUCUGAAUAGCAUUUACAAGAGAAUAAAUUUACUUAUGUAAAUACAUUGUAGCUAAUUAUCUAUAGAGUUCAAAUCUUGUAAUUCAGAGGGAAUCAGGACCAAGGACUGAUGAGCCAACAGGUGAACCUGAAUCAUUGGUUGGAAAGAUCAACCCAAGAAUGAUGGGUACCAAAGCUGUAAAGGAUAAGCCAGUGAAAAGUAAGAAAGAGUAGAGUUUAAAUUUGGGAAAGUAAGUGAAUAUGGAAAUAGAGGAAGGAGUUGGAAUGCCUACUUAUGAUAAUCUAUUAUAUAUUCCAAAAACUAAGGACAAUAGAUUACACUAUGAGAGAUUAUUGUCUAUAGUUUAUGGAUUAUUUUAGGAAUAAUCAUAAGAUGUGAUAAAGUCUAUUGUAGAUGAAGUGUUGGCUAUAAUGAGAUAAGAAGUAGAAGCAAUAAUUGGAAAGUUGACAAAUGAGCUAUUUUCAGAUAUUGUAUUAUCAACUAAAGCAAUAACUGAUUAUAAUCCUGAAAUAACUUAAGGUAAUACAGAUGAGAUGUAAUUACCAUUGAAUUUGGAAGAAGAAUAAGAUUCAAGUGAUAUGGAGGAAAUAAUUGAAGAAGAAGAUGAUUCUCAAGAAUAGAAUGAAUAGACUAUCAAAGCAAAAGUACAAGUUGAAGAAACCAGAAACAAAAUAGUUGAUAUAGAUGGAUUUUGGUUAUAGCGGGAAUUGUAGAAAAUAUAUUAAGAUCCAAUAGUAGCAUAAUAGAUGGAAUAAACAGUCUUAGACAUUUUGAAAUUACAAACUGACAUUGAAUGUGAAAAUUAAUUGGUUUUAUUGUUUGGUUAGGAUCGUUUUGAUUUAAUUAGAUUAUUACAUGCAAAUAGACAUAAAAUAUUUUAUUGCACUCUAUUAAGUAAGGCUUAGAGUACUGAAUAAAUUGAAUAAAUUCAUUCUUAAAUGAGAUAGACAUAAGAAGGUCUCUAAAUUUUAAUGGAAUUAUAGAAAAAGAAGAAAAAUGAUGCUUAAUUUUAAAUUAUUUAAGAAGAAAACGAAAAAUAAUAUUAUGAAUCAAUAAAUAUUACUGAUCAAGAUCUAUAAGGUCUUUCAAAAAAGAUUAUUAAUCUAGAAUAAUUAUAAUUUGUAUCUUAAGGACAUUUAAUGUCAAAUGAGAAAUGUCAUUUACCUCCUCAUUCUUUCAAAGUCACUAAGAAAGGAUAUGAGGAGAUUUACAUUCCUGCUCCAAAACCUAAUGUUCAUAAAGAUAAUUUAGUUUAAAUAGGUGAAUUACCUGAGUUUGCUUAAUAAGCAUUCAGAGGUUUCAAAGAACUUAACACUAUUUAGAGUGUUGUAUAUGAAAAAGCAUUAUUGAGUAAUGAGAAUAUGUUGAUUUGUGCACCUACUGGAGCAGGUAAAACUAAUAUUGCUUUACUUACGAUGUUAUAAACUAUUGGUGAAUAUUAUCAAAAUGGUAUUGUUGACAUUUAGAAAUUUAAAAUUAUUUAUAUAGCACCUAUGAAGGCUUUGGUAAAUGAAAUGGUACAUAAUUUUUAAAAUAGAUUAGAACCAUAUAAUAUUAAAGUUGCUGAAGUUACUGGAGAUACUCACUUAACCAAACAUCAAUUGAAUACUAUUUAAGUGUUAAUAGCUACACCAGAGAAAUGGGAUAUAUUGACUAGAAAAAUAUAAUAAAAUGAUUUUAUUUCUUUAGUAAGAUUAGUAAUUAUUGAUGAAAUUCAUUUAUUACAUGAUAGUAGAGGCCCAGUUAUUGAGUCAAUAAUUGCAAGAUAGUUGAAAUUAAUGGAAGAGAGAUAAGAAGUAGUAAGAAUUGUAGGAUUAUCAGCCACUCUACCAAAUUAUUCUGAUGUGGCUACAUUUAUCAGAGUUAAAUAGAGUGGUGUAUUCUUUUUUGAUAAUUCUUAUAGACCAGUUCCACUAUAAUAAUAGUAUAUUGGAAUCAAUGAAAAGAAACCAAUUAGAAGAAUGUUAUUAACAAAUGAAAUUUUAUAUGAGAAGGUGAUUGAAAGAAUCACUAAUCAUAAAUUCUAGUGUUUGUUCAUUCAAGAAAAGAAACUGUUAAAACUGCAAAGACAUUAAAAGAAAUGCAUUUUCAAAAGAUGAAUUAUCUAAAUUUAUACGAGAGGAAAGUUCCUCAAAGAAAAUACUGGAGACAGUAAUUGCUUAAGAAGACAUAAAACCAGCUGAUUUAAAGGAAUUAUUAGGUAGCGGCAUAGCAAUUCAUCAUGCUGGAUUAUGCAGAGGAGAUAGAGAUUUAAUGGAAAGUCUUUUCGAAAAAAAGAAUAUACAAAUUUUAAUAUCUACAUCUACCUUAGCUUGGGGAGUUAAUCUUCCUGCUCAUACUGUUAUUAUUAAAGGAACAUAAAUAUAUUCACCAGAAUAAGGAAAAUGGAUUGAAUUGAGUCCUUAAGAUAUUUUAUAAAUGAUGGGUAGAGCUGGCAGACCUAGAUAUGAUACAUCUGGAGAGGGAAUUAUAUUGACUACAUAUUAAGAACUUAAAUAUUACUUAUCAUUAUUAAAUGUUCAAUUACCAAUAGAAUCAUAAUUUGUAUCAUAACUAGCUGAUUAAUUAAAUGCUGAAGUUGCUUAAGGGAAUAUCAAAAAUCUGAAAGAUGGAGUAAAAUGGUUAGGUUAUACAUAUUUAUAUGUAAGAAUGUUAAGAAAUCCUUAAUUGUAUAAUAUUCCAGACUAUAACAAUGAUUAAGCAUUAAUAAAAUAUAGGGCUGAUUUAAUUCAUUCUGCAUGUUUAUUAUUAGAUAAGAAUAGUUUAGCUAUUUAUGAUAAAAAGAGUGGAAAUAUUGAAAGUACUAUUUUAGGUAAGAUUGCUAGUAAUUAUUAUAUCAAAUAUCCGAGUAUGUAAGUGUAUAAUUAGCAUUUAAAAUAGAAUAUGGGUAUGAUUGAUAUUUUUAAGGUAUUUUCAUUAUCACAUGAAUUUAAAUUGAUUCCAAUUAGAGAAGAAGAAAAGAUGGAAUUAUAAAAGUUAAUGAUGAGUGUACCUGUUCCAAUAAAAGGAUCUCCUGAAGAUUCAACAACGAAAAUAAAUGUAUUUUACUUCUAAUGA